UCUCCUAAAUCGCAUUACUAACUUUCCUUUUAUAAUUCUCAGCUUAAUUGACAUCAACUGCGAUGCCACUGGAGUCACCAUCUGCAGUUACCUUCCCGCACCACCCACUGGACGCCAAUCACCAACAACGCUUUAUAAAACUACAUUGUCCCUUUUCCCUGGUGGCGUCCAACGUUCGCACUUUAAGAUAAACAACUCAACUGGCUGCACUCGCAAGCAAGUCGGACACCCUGGGUAUUGACGUGCUUUGCGUAUCCGAACCUAGUAUCAAUGAUACUCACGGAGUUGUUAAACUAACUGCACCCUGCUUGUCCUCUCACUAUUGGUUGCACGCAUCCGGAGGCGCUGCUGCGGCAAUCACUGGUCAAGUUGGAGUGGCAUCGUUCUCAGCUCCAAGGCUGCUUCAUCGUUAGUUGAUUGGAUUCCCGUGAGCAGCCGUUUGUGUGCAUCCCGUCUGAUGACAUCAACUAAGGGUUAAUUAAAUGGAUGACGAAGAAAGUGCGGAGUAUCGGCAGACUUGGGCAAAUCUAAUUCAGUCAUUAGACGUGGGUCCUGAUAAAGCCAAGGAAAUCGAACAGUUACCGCCCGAUCAAAAGCGACAUUUACUGGAGAGCUAUGCCACCAAAAAUGCCAAGUGUUCAGCAUUCCAUUAUGUGACCCUUAUUAAGGGUCUGAGAACGGAUCGCUCCACCUUGUCCAGAAGCUCACGUCGAGGUGAUGGUCAGCAGGCCAGCGAGCUCCUCCGAGCUACAGAAAUAUCUCUCAGGACUAACAAUGUCGAUUGGGUCUACGAUUUCUUGGAUCAAGAUGGCUUGGAUGUGCUGGUUAACUACGUCUCAAAGGUUAUUCACAUGUUGAUGAGAUCAGAUUCCUCUUCCGCCUCUGAUUCGCUGGAUAGUGGACCGUUGGCUUCUCUUAACCGUUUGGAUUCCGAGGAACAACUCGAACGCCUAGUCCAUGACAAUAGAAAAUCUAUCAAUCUGCGACAUUUGUGGUGUCUGAGACGAAAGGAGGAAACAUCAGCUGACCGGCAUCGCAGUAGCCGUACACUGAGGCUGACACAUCUGUCGGACUCGAUGCGGAGCAGCUUGCAUCAAGCUGUCAAGUGUUUUCGUGCCCUCCUAAACAACCAGCGUGGCUGCUCCAUGGUGUUCGACCAUCCAAGGGCCAUCAACGUGAUCACACUCUGUUUAUUACACCCUAGCCACGAGACCAAAACGCUUGUGCUUGAAUUACUGGCAGCUGUCUGCUUAAUAUUUGGUGGCCACGAACGCGUUAUUCGGGCAUUUGACAACUUCAAAUGUGAAGUCCACGAAUCGGCUCGCUUUGAAAGCUUGGUCGGUUACUUUUACACUCACGAGACGAUGGCUGCAGAUGACUACAGCAUCGAUUUCAUGGUCUCAUGUAUACAAUUCUUCAACAUCGUUGUCCACUCCACCGAUGACGUGAUGCUUCGCGUGUUCCUCCAAGAAGAGUUUCGACACUUGGGACUGAACACUUACCUGAAACGCUUGCAAAACCAUGCUGGUGAUCGUCUUGUACGCCAAAUCGAGGCGUACAGUGAUAACGAGGUGGACGUCUCUGUGUUGCUGGAAGAUUCGCAAGCUCGUGAGCAAUGCCAACAGGAGUUAGAGCAGCGCGAACUCGAAGUGUUUAGCCUGCAGACACAAUUGGGCAACGUGAAGGUGGAGCACGAGGCACAAACGUCCGAGUUGCAACUAGAGAGCAAAUGGGAAAAUGAACAGGGUCAACUUACAACUCUGCGGGAACGACUGAAGGACAAAGACCAAUCCGCGUCUGCUCGUGAGCGAGCACUGGAGCAACGCAUCAAAGAACUCGAACAUACUCUCUCUCGUACUAAAGUCGACGUAGUUCCUGACAAUUCAGACAGACCAGUGAGCGUUGUCACUCCCUCUGGGGAUACCCCCGCUCCUCCACCCCCGCCCCCUCCGCCCUUACCCCCACCUCCUCCUCCGGUGCCUUCCCUGAAUACUCCACAUCCCCCUCCACCUCCCGGACUUGGUCGUACUCCAGCUGGAGUGGAAGCUGUCCCCAUCAGACCACCCGUCCAGACGCGUUUCAAGUUGCCCCUCAUCAACUGGACCGUGCUGCGCAGUCAACAACUCCGUGGUACCGUUUUCGUCGGGAUGAAUGAUGAAGAAGUGCUGAACCAUAUCGACACCGAGCGGUUUGAGGAGUUGUUCAAAUUGUCCAGUCAAUCGGUGGCCGUUAAUAUCACUUCAAAAAUGGUCAAUGGAUUUGAGGACGGUCCUGGUCGGCCGACGAAAAAGAAGUCGCUUAUGGAUCCAAAUCGCCAUAGAUGCAUUGGCGUAUUGUUACGUUUCCUAGAAUCGGAAAAGUACACUCCGGAGCGUUUGUGGAUUGACAUCACGCGCCUUGAACUGAGCCAGGAUGUUGCAGAUCGCAUCCUGCACCAGUUACCAACACAAGAAGAGAUGAAGACAUACUUGAAAUACGAAUUUACCGAUCGGCUCAAUGUGGCAGACUUGACUGACGAAGACCGUUUGUUACUGCAUUUGUGCAAAAUCGAACGCCUCGGUGAUCGUCUGGAAAUCAUAUUGUUCAUGAAUUCAUUUGAGGAUACGGUCAGCACUUUAUACCCCAAAAUCACCGCGGUCAGCUCCGUUUCGCUUGCGUUGCGGAAAAGCGAGCGGUUUCGAGCCAUUCUCGAACUAGUGCUGGCCUUCGGGAAUUACGUGAACAGCUCACGCCGCGGCAUCGCUUAUGGUUUUCGCUUGCAAAGUCUAGACGCGUUACUUGACACCAGAAGUCUCGAUAAAUCAUGGACCUUGUUGCACUACGUUGUUGACACUAUCGAAUCCCGUUUCCCGGCAUUGGCCACUUUCUACGAGGAACUCGGUGACAUCGCAACAGCAGCCAAAGUACCCAUGGAGGCGCUCACCACCGACGUUGCCGCUCUUGUCGCCGGUAUGACACAAUCCGAUAACGAGACCAUCGUCGCUGGCCCGACAAACACACCAAAGCGAUUGACCGAAUUCAUUCAAACAAACAAACCACGAGUGGAGUCUAUUCAGGCGCAGGCAGAUCGAGCGAAAACGCUCUUUGCCCAGACCAUCGAAUGGUUUGGCGAAGCACAGAACAAACCGAGUCCGGAAGUAUUUUUCGGCAUGAUUGCCAGAUUCGUGGAGAAUUUCAAGAAAGCCUUAGCUGAUAAUGAAAAGAGACGUCGAAUCGAUGCUCUUCGUAUGCUACAGUCCGCUACAGAAACAGGCACAUCGACCGCAUCCGGUGUGCAAAACGCGUGUCCGAAAAGGCCAAAGGAUCGUCAGUUAGCUAACGAGGCUCGUCAAGCGAAACGACGGCUGAAGAACCGAACUCGUCAAAUCACUGGUGAUGGCAUAAUGGACGAAAUCCUUGCUGGUCUUGUAUGCGAGCCUUUGCAAGCCGAAGUGCAUCCGCGACGAGUACGUGCCGUGGACGAUGUGACCUGA